AUGACUGAUUUCUCUGCCCACUUCCUUCAGACUUGACAAAAAAAGAAUAUACUGAAAAGGAAGUUGAAGGUAUCAGCGGUGAUAACAACCUCACAGGUACCGCCAGAAACUUUUCGCAGAUCUCCAAAACCGUGGCGGAGAAUGCGCUAGACCUAAUUGGGCAUCGACGGCGGCGCUCCGAAUUUUUAUCUCGACGGCUUUCCGUCUCCCCAACGAACGUCACAUCAAACACCUCUUCUCUGUGUCUAUUCAACCUUGACUCAGCUGUCGCCUAUUUCUUGACUGGUCUUAGUGCUGUAUCAGACUGAUAAUAAAUCAAGAUGGCUUCAACUCUUGCUAUCGGACUCGGUAUCGCUACCACGGCAUUCUUGGGUCGCGCGGGUCUUGUAGCUUUCCGUCGCUCCAGGGGAGGUGUGAAUGCCAUGGGCAAGGCAUUCUACAAGGGAGGUUUUGAGCCCCGAAUGAAUCGUCGCGAAGCUGCAUUGAUCUUAGAACUUCCGGAACGUACCCUAAACAAGGACAAGGUUCGUAAGAAGCACCGUCAGCUCAUGCUUCUUAACCACCCCGAUCGUGGUGGUAGCCCAUAUCUGGCAACGAAGAUCAACGAAGCGAAGGAAUUCCUUGAUAAGCAUACUUAAGGGGGUGGAUUCGGAAAGGGUGUCGCCCUGAUCACCGUUGGAAGUAUUUGCGGAUCCCAUCGGUACGAAAGGAGAAAACUUUCGUUCAUUAUAUAGGGAAAGAGAAUGUUUUUUUGGGUGCAUAGCAUGGCGUUGGUGGAAUUUUCAAGGACGAGGUUCUUCGUGCUCCUCCGGGAAACUUGAGUCUGCAUAUAACUUGACGAGAUCGCCGCUCCUGAUUACUUUACAUGUA